GGCACCCGCAGCGACCGCAGCGGCGGCCAAGGUGCUCAGAACUUGACGCGAUGGGGCUUCCCGAGGAGCGGCGCAAGAGCGGCGGCGAGAGCCGGGCCCGGGAGGAGACCGGCGCCGAGGGCCGGCUGCGGGGUUGGUCCCCGCCGCCGGAGGUCAGACGCUCGGCACACGUCUCCUCUCUGCAGCGCUACCGCGAGCUGCACCGGCGUUCUGUGGAGGAGCCGCGGGAGUUUUGGGGAAGCAUUGCCAAGGAGUUUUAUUGGAAAACCCCAUGCCCUGGCCCAUUCCUCCAGUACAACUUCGAUGUGACUAAAGGGAAAAUAUUCACUGAGUGGAUGAAAGGAGCAACCACAAACAUCUGCUACAAUGUGCUGGAUCGAAAUGUCCAUGAGAAAAAACUUGGAGAUAAAGUUGCUUUUUACUGGGAGGGCAAUGAGCCGGGAGAGACCACCAAGAUCACAUACCGUGAACUUCUGGUCCAAGUGUGUCAGUUCAGCAAUGUUCUCCGUAAACAGGGCAUUCAGAAGGGUGACCGAGUGGCCAUCUACAUGCCUAUGAUCUUGGAACUCGUGGUGGCUAUGCUGGCAUGUGCUCGCCUUGGAGCUUUGCACUCCAUUGUGUUCGCAGGCUUCUCUGCAGAGUCUCUCUGUGAAAGGAUCUUGGAUUCCAGUUGCAGCCUUCUCAUCACCACAGAUGCCUUCUACAGGGGGGAAAAGCUUGUGAACCUGAAGGAGCUGGCUGAUGAGUCCUUGGAGAAGUGUCGAGAGAAGGGUUUCCCAGUGAGAUGCUGCAUUGUGGUCAAACAUCUGGGGCGGGCAGAGCUGGGCAAGAAUGACUCCCCCAGCCAGUCUCCCCCAGUUAAGAGGCCAUGUCCAGAUGUGCAGGGUAAGCUGAAAGAGAAAUCCAAGUGCAUCCGACCCCAGAUCUCCUGGAAUGAAGGGGUUGACUUAUGGUGGCAUGAACUCAUGCAAGAGGCAGGGGAUGAGUUUGAGCCUGAAUGGUGUGAUGCUGAGGACCCACUCUUCAUCUUAUAUACCAGUGGCUCCACAGGCAAACCCAAGGGUGUGGUGCACACAAUUGGAGGCUACAUGCUCUAUGUGGCUACAACUUUCAAGUAUGUGUUUGAUUUCCACCCGGAGGAUGUGUUCUGGUGUACAGCAGACAUUGGCUGGAUCACUGGUCAUUCCUAUGUCACCUAUGGGCCACUGGCCAAUGGUGCCACCAGUGUUUUGUUUGAGGGGAUCCCCACAUACCCAGAUGAGAGCCGCUUGUGGAGCAUUGUGGACAAAUACAAGGUGACCAAGUUCUACACAGCACCAACCGCAAUCCGGAUGCUCAUGAAGUUUGGAGAUGAACCUGUCACCAAGCAUAGUCGGGCAUCCUUACAGGUGCUGGGCACAGUAGGUGAACCCAUCAACCCUGAAGCCUGGCUAUGGUACCACCGGGUAGUAGGUUCCCAGCGUUGCCCCAUUGUGGACACCUUCUGGCAAACAGAAACAGGUGGCCAUAUGCUGACCCCUCUCCCUGGUGCCACACCCAUGAAACCUGGUUCUGCUUCUUUCCCAUUCUUCGGUGUAGCACCUGCAAUCCUGAAUGAGUCUGGGGAAGAGCUGGAAGGUGAAGCUGAAGGUUAUCUGGUGUUCAAGCAACCCUGGCCAGGGAUCAUGCGCACAGUUUAUGGGAACCACACGCGUUUUGAGACCACCUACUUUAAGAAGUUCCCUGGCUACUAUGUGACAGGAGAUGGCUGCCGGAGGGAUCAGGAUGGCUACUACUGGAUCACUGGCAGGAUUGAUGAUAUGCUCAAUGUAUCUGGACAUCUUCUGAGUACAGCCGAGGUGGAGUCAGCACUUGUGGAGCAUGAGGCUGUUGCAGAGGCAGCUGUGGUGGGCCACCCUCAUCCUGUGAAGGGUGAAUGCCUCUACUGUUUUGUCACCCUGUGCGAUGGCCACACCUUCAGCCCCACCCUCACCGAGGAACUCAAGAAGCAGAUUAGAGAAAAGAUUGGCCCCAUUGCCACACCAGACUACAUCCAGAAUGCACCCGGCUUGCCUAAAACACGCUCAGGCAAAAUCAUGAGGCGAGUACUCCGGAAGAUUGCUCAGAAUGACCAUGACCUGGGGGACACGUCUACAGUGGCUGACCCAUCCGUCAUCAAUCAUCUCUUCAGUCAUCGCUGCCUGACCACCCAGUGAUCAAGACUCUUGUCCAGGAUUUCCCUGGGCGUGGCUCUCCGAACUUCUACCCAUCCACCCUGCUCCCUGCCCAGGAAUACAAGAGCCAACACUGGUUGACACUUUGGUUGAAGCUAGGGAGAGUUUCCUAGACUGCCAGGUAGAAGAGACAGGGCACAGGUCAACCUCAGACUGAUAUGCUCCUAGACUCCAGAGGUCUCCAAGCCCAGAACAGAGACUUAACACUACAUCCUCAACCACAGUUAGCUAGUCCGAGUGUAAGUGAGGGCCUAGACAGAAGCAGGGCAGUAAUCCUUUCAGCUUUCUGGAAAGCACCGUUUCUUAUCUUGGGCAAGCCCAAGCCUUUAGAAAUAAUAGUUUGUGAGUCUAUGAAUAAUUAUUUUUUAAAAUUCUUUGUUGUUUCUGUUCUGAGUCUGAAUUCCUUACCAGAUGGUAGCACUGUCUGCCUGUUUGCUCUAGAGACUGCAGGUGGGUUCAGUCUCCAGAGGGUUUUCAUAUCAUCUGCUUCAUUGAAAGAGUAAGAUAUGCUCUGUUCCUAGAACCAAGGGAGUUAACGUUCCUAGUCCUGCCCCAAGAACAGAACCCUGCCCACAAGGGGCUCUUAGGUGAAACUCUUCUUGUACUCUUUGUGCCCAAGACUCACUGUUGUAGGAAUAAAGUUUAUGAGCUCAAGAAGAGAA